AAUGCCUGCUCCACCCCGUGAGGAGGCAUACUGAGCACGCCACACUCAUUUCACCCUUGUUCAAUGCCCCUGUGAGGUUGACCCUGUCGUUGGGGUGGAGAUUAUGCAUCUUAGAGGUGGAGAAACAGGCUCAGAGAAGUUCAAGUGACUUGCCUAAGGUCACACAGCUAGGAAGCUCAUCUUGCUCCAAACUCCUAUGCUACAUUUCCCCUCAGUGAGAAUUUGUCCAAGGAGCAUUGAUUGAGUGCUAAAGGGUUGCUGGGCAGGGCCUGGGGUGCUGGGGAUACAGUGACAAACAAAACAGGAUCAAGAGCGAGACAGGAAGUAGGAAGGGGAGAGUAGAGGAGGAGGCUCAGAGGAGAGGUGACAGGGGAAAGGUUGGAGCUGAAGAGACCUGCAUGAUGCCCUCCCCUCCCCCGUGCUGCCCUUCGCCCUCCCAGUUCCUCCUGCCCAUGGUUCCUCUUUCCCGCUGACUCUGGGAGCCGGUCAGCCUGCAGAAAGCCAGGCCUCCUCUCUGGCGGAGCUGCAGGGUGCAGGGCUCAGCAUGCCUGCCCUGGCGCAGGCCCCUCGGUUGCUGCUGCUGCCUCUGCUGCUGCUGCUUCUCACUCUGCCAGCCACAGGCUCAGACCCCGUACUCUGCUUCACCCAGUAUGAGGAAUCCUCAGGCAAGUGCAAGGGCCUCCUGGGGGGAGGUGUUAGUGUGGAAGACUGCUGUCUCAACGCUGCCUAUGCCUUCCAGGAGCCCGGCAGGAAGCUCUGUCAGGCAUGCAGGUACCCACGAUGGUCACCGUGGUCUGCGUGGGCCCCCUGCUCAGUUACCUGUGCUGAGGGCUCCCAGCUGCGGCACCGGCGCUGCAUAGGCUGGGGCGGGCAGUGCUCUGAGAAGGUGGCACCUGGAACCCUCGAGUGGCAGCUGCAAGCCUGUGAGGAACAGCCAUGCUGUCCUGAGAUAGGUGGCUGGUCCGACUGGGGGCCCUGGGCGCCUUGCUCUGUUACCUGCUCCAAAGGGACCCGGACCCGUCGUCGAGCAUGUGAUCGCCCCAUCCCCAAGUGUGGGGGCCACUGCCCAGGAGAGGCACAGGAGUCAGUGAUCUGUGACACCCAUCAAGUCUGCCCCACACACGGGGCCUGGGCUGCUUGGGGCUCCUGGGGCCCCUGCUCGGGCUCCUGCCGCAGUGAAGCCAGCGCACCUAUGGAGAGACGAAGCCGCACGUGUUCUGCACCUGCGCCCUCCACGCAACCUCCCGGGAAGCCUUGCCCAGGGCCAGCCCACGAGCAGCGGGCCUGCACCGGCCUGCCACCCUGCCCAGUGGCUGGUGGCUGGGGGCCAUGGAGCCCUGUGAGCCCCUGUUCUGUGACCUGUGGCCUGGGCCAGACCCAGGAACGACGGACAUGUGAUCGCCCUGUGCCCCAGCAUGGGGGCCCCUCCUGUGCCGGUGAUGCCAUCCGGACCCAUGUCUGCAACUCGGCCGUGCCCUGCCCUGUGAACGGAGAGUGGGGACCCUGGGGGGAGUGGAGCCCCUGUGUCCGCCGGAACAUGAAAUCCAUCAGCUGUGAGGAAAUCCCGGGCCAGCAGGCACGCUCAAGGAGCUGCAAGGGCCGCAAGUUUGAUGGCCAGCGAUGUGUCGGGGAACAACAGGAUAUCCGGCACUGCUACAACAUCCAGCGCUGCCUCUGGAAAGGCUCAUGGUCGGAGUGGAGUACCUGGGGGCUGUGCAUGCCCCCGUGUGGACCCAACCCCAUCCGCACCCGCCAGCGCCUCUGCACGGCCUCACUCCCCAAGUUCGCGCCCACGAUUACCAUGGUCGAAGGUCAGGGUGAGAAGAACGUGACCUUCUGGGGGAAACCAUGGGCACAGUGUGAGAUGCUGCAGGGGCAGAAGUUGGUGGUGGAAGAGAAACGGCCAUGUCUACACGCGCCUGCCUGCAAAGACCCUGAGGAAUAAGAAGCUCUAACACCUCUCUUCCACUCUGACCCCCUGACCUCUCAGACCUCAAUAAACCAAUCUCUGCCCCAGGAAUGGGACGUUAACAUCUUCUAGGCCAAAGGGCACAGAACGGGCCAAGUCGCGGUGGCCUGUUGUGGGAAACAGUAUUUUCCGCUGUGGCCACAGUUUGACAGGAGUGAUGGCGAGUAUCCGUUCCUUCGCCGCUGCCGGAGUCCCAAAGUCUGUGCCUGCUACCCACCCGCGCAGUGCCCAGGGCGCCCAGCACGUCCCUCUGCAGAGCUCCGCGUUACAGGUUUCCUGAUUCGCCACUCUCCCUGGCAGGCACUUGCUGAUUGGCUGGCUUGCUUGUUAUCCAUCUCCCCACCUCCUGAAGUUCCCCGGGUUCCCAGCUGCCGGAGCCUCUCGGCCCGCGGAUUCCGCGUCUAUCGGCGUUGAACCGCAGCAGAGGGGUGGCUGGGGUUGGCGCUCCACCGCGAGAACACCUGCACCCACCCACUCCCAACAACCCAGCUCCAAUGCC